AUGUCGAUAAAGCUCUUCUGCCUUGAAAAAGGAAAGACUCCUGCCGUCCAGCACGCCUUUCCAGUUAAUAUCAGUAGGGAAGAGACAGUUGGUGAUCUCAAGAAAGUUAUCAAGGCGGAAAAGCAGAAUGAUUUCGCUAGGGUUGACGCCGACAAGCUCAAGUUAUGGAAGGUGGAAAUCCCAGUCGAUCGCAAUGAACUAAGUCAGGGACAACCUUUACAAGACAACGACCAGUUGAGGGCAACAGACUAUAUCGAUGAACACUGGACUGAUAGACCGUUGAGAAAGCACGUCCAUAUAAUCGUUGAGGUCCCUACUG